CAUCGGGAGUGUGAUGACGGCUCACUUGCUCUUUCCUAAGGGAGAGAAUGGCAGGGCGUCGUCUACGCCUACACGACCGUGCAUUUCUCCGACACCUCGACCAGUACCAUCCCCGAACGUCACUCGGUGACGUAUGUGUUGGCGAUUGCGUUGUCCGAGAAUGACGAACCCCACAGGUAAGCGGAAUGGGGGUCAGUGAGUGAUUGACGGUGGAAGAUGGGUCGGUUGCUGUUUGCUUCCUCUUUCUUCUUUUAGAUUCUACCAGUGGUCGGGGCCGAUCGCUCGCCUCAUCACUGCUUACAUCCCUCCCGGCCUAUUCAUCGGGUUACCCGCAUAGCAGUGGAACAAAAUUGCCGAGUACUUAGUCGCGUACAAGGCUAUGUGCCUCUUCAAGAACCAAGUGCUCGACACCAAUCAGGUAAGUCAGACACCCUCAUAACAUUGUAAUCCGUGUUCAUUCGUUGUUUCGCGUGCCCCUGCAUCUGAUGGUCCGAGUGGUCAUCCAUACGCUAGUCCAUGAUGUCUCUCCUGAGUGGAUUUCUCAGCAUGAGCCCCUAGGUCUCCCACUGCUAGGCGUGCCCUACAACGGCCGGAGCUUCGACAUCCACAACGCAGAGGUGUAUGAGCUGAAGGGCGACCGCUACUUCAACCCAAAGAGACAGCUCGUCGAGUUGCACUCAAAGUCGGCCUCCCUUAAGACACAACACACAAUAGUCUGCCCACAGAUAAGUAAAUGUGAAUGUGUGCAUUCUUUUAGGUGCCACCCUUGCUUUGCGGUGUGGCGGAUGCAGCUCCGCUAUGGCGAGAGUGGCCGUGACCUCUACAAUCGUACUCCACACGAUCAGUCACAUACACAUACACGUCCCUCGGUGUUGCCAACAUCAAACGGGGAACAGGAGACAGAGAGUGGGAGGUCUCUAAGAGGGCACGCUCAGCCCGCAUCAGCAUCAUCGAAUGACCGUGCAAUUGCGACCGUGGGCGGCGGUCAGAUGGACUUCGAGUCAUCGGAAGACUUCAAGAUGAGUCACAUCAGGUGCUGGUACAAUGUCAUGUGUGCUGUUUUGCAGCGCUAUUCGACAGACUCCAGAUCCCUAUCAGCUUUAUGCCGGUUCUCACCGGCCCCCCCCCUUCGCUCGACUCCUCCAUACUCUCUUGGUACGUCUCUUGGUCAAGGGCAUCGGCGCGAAAACCUUAUGCAUGAUCGCUCUGGUAGACGAUCAUGGAAUGGCCUCCUCUUAUUCACACAGCUCUGUCGUUGUUCUGGGUUGUCUUCAGUUGUUCGUCUUUAGACGAACGGACAGCAUCUGAAAGACGAAAACAAACUGGGCGGGAUCUAUGUGCCCUCUCGUUUGGCGUUUCAGUCCUCGGCGGAGAUGGGUUUGCAGCGUAAGGAGACUCAUAAGAAGACGCGUGAUGUUGUGUGUUAUGUGUCACCCCUUUCAAACCGGCAUGUGGUGUAAUGCAGCGCAAGUGCAGGACCAGCACAUGCUCCGCUUCUUGCUCGGCAACUACAACAAAGAGGCAAAGCAACUGCACGACAACGGAACAAUAUCAACAAUAUCGCCGAGAAGAUUGUAAAAGAGUUCUUAAAGAGCAGAACCGGUCAGAUAGCACUGGAAGAAUGAUACAUGUAGACUGAUCAUAUGUUCUGCGUGUGUGUCUAUGUGUACACAGGACCGGCUUUAGUACGCCAUCAGGCUCCUGGAUGCUAGAAGGAAAGCAUUCAUUGUCAAGAUGGCUGAAGUGCAGAUCGAAGAGGAUGUGAAAAGCUCAAGACCAUAAGGCUUUUCUACUUCACAGAGAAGCUACACGACAUCCGUAAGGAAAAGGACUCGUGCAAAAACGAAGUGCGAGCCAUUGAUGAGAAAGGUACGUGUCGGUGUGAAGGGGGAGAAAGGUACGUGUCGGUGUGAAGGGGGAGAAGUGUUCAUCGUGGACCUCGUUUUGCAGGCCUCAACCUCCUUAUUGACGCGACAAAACCUAGGAGCAUGAGUAAAUAAUCACGCACAUAGAUGCGGAAACAAGAUCAUACGGCUGUGCACUCAUUCUUCUUCUGCGCAGUGACGGUGAUUUCAGGCGACCGGAAUGUCGAACGAGCCGGUCGCGACAAUGCAAUGAUUUGUCUCCUAUUGACCCUCCCACAGAGGAAUGAAGCAAUGGAUUCAUCAUAGCUACAAAUAGACAUCCAUUAUAGCGUCUCAUACAUCCAAGUCACGGCUACCCUCUCCCCCUCCGUAGUUUUUCUAUGAGUGCGGCGCGUGCUUAUGUCUGUUUGCUUAUGUCUGUUUGCAUUCAUGUGUCUGAGUGUGCAUCUGGGUGUGCACGUUUGUAUGUGAG